CAGUCGCACGCGCAUCUUAUCGCGCGACUUUCGCGUCAACUUUCGCGCUCCGAACAUGUUUGAUAAACAUAUUAACCUUGUUUACUUCGGCCAGGCGGCUGGACAGUGAUACGUGUUUCAAAAGUGGAAAAUACGUGUUUUAAGUGUGCUGUGAUAUAAUAUUGUCUUCGGUUACCGCGAUAGUUACACAUGAAAUAACCUGCGAUAUAAAAAAAAAUGUACAUUGUGUGUUUUGGGACGAUUGCUGAAUAAAAAGACAGGAUAGAAUGAUGGAAAAUAAUGGCUAAACACAUUAGUGCAAUUUUAAUAGUUGUAUUUUAAUUGUAAAAGUGAAUAAAAAAAAGUACUUAUACAUAUGUCUCAAACUCGGAACUAAAUUUUAUAAAAAAUAAUUUGGUGUUCAAAGUGAAAAUAUAAAUCCGGUAACAUGAUGAGGAAAUAUCAUACUAAUAUGUUUCGUAAUUACGUAAACUAAAUAUUGUUGAACGAUUUAAUAAAUCAUUCACCAGCUGUUAGAAGUGGUAAAAUUAAAUAUCCAUGUAACAUACUGAAGAUUGUUCUGUUAUCAAUUUUGAACACUAAACUAACCUUUUGAACUUCGCCUAUCGUGAAUGGCGCGUCAACUUAAGACUUAUCAGAGUAUUCAGAGUGCACAGACAAACGUUGAUUUUGGUCUAGUACCUCGCGCGUUAACUAACAUCUUUGGUGGUCAAAGGCAAAAGCGCAGAGCAACUCACAUUUUUUUAAAAUCUGAUUAGCAGAAACGACUGCAAUCGAUGCCAUACAUUUGAUGACUUACAUUUGGUUACAUGUUGCAUCAAUUGACAUAAGUAAUAUUUGCUGGUCAAAGGCGCACAGAGGCUGAUAUUUUGCAACCACUGAGCCAUCAGUGGACCUUUUUGGUGGUCAAAGCCUGCACAGAGACUGGUAUUGGGCUAACACCGUGCAUCAGUUGAUGUCUUUGGUGGUCAAAAGCACGGACUAAUAAUUGGCUACCAACACACAUCUGACGUCUUCAGUGGUCCUUACUAAGCAUGCUAAGCACGAAGUGGCUAGUGCUAUGGUCGCUAUGGGCGGCGCGGCUGGCGCGGCAGCCAACGGCGCCGGUGCGCGUGAGCAGCGGGCUGCUGCGCGGGAGCAUCGCGCAUGACGGCUCGCAUGCGGCUUACGUGGGGAUCCCUUAUGCCACUGUCACGGCGGAGAAUAGGUUUAAGGCUCCUGGUCCCGAGUCAAAAUGGCACAGCACCUUCGAAGCUGACCUCCACCACAUCCGCUGUCUCCAGCGUCUCGACAUCAGGUCGGACUUCCUCACCGGCCGAGAGGACUGCCUCACCCUGAACGUCUACACUCCGCUCAACCCCACCCGUCUUCUCCCCGUCAUGGUUUACAUACACGGAGGGGCCUACGUCGAAGGCUCAGGCUCCCAAGCAUUAUACGGACCAAGAAACUUAGUCUCCAAAGGCAUCGUUCUCGUCUCCAUAAACUUUAGACUUAAUAUCCAAGGGUUUUUAUGCCUAGGCAUCAAAGAAGCCCCUGGAAAUGCUGGAAUGAAAGACCAAGUAGCCGCUUUGAAGUGGAUUCGGAAGAACAUUAGGGCUUUUGGUGGAGAUCCUGACAAUAUAACUCUGUUUGGAGAAAGCGCCGGAGCAUCGUCAGUAUCAUACCACUUUCUGUCUCCAAUGUCUAAGGGUCUAUUCCACAAGGCCAUAAUGCAAAGUGGCUCUACCUUAGCUCCAUGGGCAUUCCAGCCGUGGCCAGUACAAGUUUCCGCCUCUUUAGCCAAAGUCAUGGGUUAUGAAUCUGAAAAUCCUCAUGACCUUUACAAUUUUUUCUCUAAAAAGACUGACAUAGAACUUGUAACUCCAAGGAUUGCUCGUGAAGACGGUAACAUCUUUGUGUCAGAAAUGCUAGCUGCCCCUUGCGUUGAAAAGAAAAUUGAAGGCGUGGAAGCAUUUUUGACAGAGGAACCUUAUGUAUUGUUAUCAAGGGGACAGUUUACUAAGACGCCUUUAAUGAUAGGUGCCACUAGCGAAGAAGGAUAUUUGUUCACCAGUUUUGAGAAUAAUGCAUCAUUUUCAAGAAUAGAGUUCUCGAAAGCGUUACCCAGAAACUUAAAAUUUCCUACAGAAGAGAAAAAGCUAGAAGUAGCGUGCAAAAUUAAAGAAAUGUACAUGGGAAAUGAAACAAUAUCGAAGCAAAGUUUGGGAAAGCUGUCAAAGUUUUACGGGGAACCAUUUUUCUUGUACCCUGUUUUUAAAGAGACUGAACUGAUACUGAACAAUACAAACCAGCCAGUGUUUAGCUUCAUAUUUGAGUACUCCGGUUGGAAGAACAUUGCUAAGGUGUUGGCCGGGUUCAGAACAGCUUCUGGGGCUACUCAUGUAGAUGACCUUUAUUUAUUUGAGCUACUCUUCAUACCCAACAUGUUCGAGUGGAAAAUGAUGGAGAAAAUGUCAACUCUGUGGACAAAUUUCGCCAAGUUUGGAGACCCAACGCCGGAGCCAUCGCAGCUGUUGCCAGCAAGAUGGCACCCGACCACCACCUCGUCUCCCGAAGCCUUCGUCAUAGACAAGGAGACGUCCACUCGCCCGCUGUGGUCCAGCGACUCGCUCAAAUACUGGAACAAAGUCUACGCUGAAUAUAGGUCACAUUGAUCGAAGUCCAACUUACUCGCAGUAACUAGUGCGAAGAUUAAAUUAAAUACAUGUUGCAAAUUAUUGACUUGCGCGCGAGAUUCAUGAUGCUGACGUGUCCAAAGUGAGCUCGAAAAUUUUGUGAUAAGAUAGGGUGCGUGAGCCACUUAAAGACACACCAGAAAGUGGAACAGCUGCACUAUCUUGGAUUUCGUUGUCUGCUCCAGCCGCCUAGCCAAAAUGACAAAUCGUUGACGCUAGACCGAUCGAAGCGUGAAGUCUAGCUCUGUCGCGUCCAAUACGGAAUUAAGAGAU